AUGCUGCUCCUGGCGAGAUGUAUGGUGGUAGUCCUCGUCUCCUCGCUCCUGCUGUGCUCAGGGUUGGCGUGCGGACCUGGCAGGGGAUUUGGAAAGAGGAGGCACCCCAAAAAGCUGACCCCUCUAGCCUACAAACAGUUUAUCCCCAAUGUGGCCGAGAAGACCCUAGGGGCCAGUGGAAGAUACGAAGGGAAGAUCUCGAGAAACUCCGAGCGAUUUAAGGAACUCACCCCCAAUUACAACCCUGACAUCAUAUUUAAGGAUGAAGAAAACACCGGAGCUGAUCGGCUGAUGACUCAGAGAUGUAAGGACAAGUUGAACGCCUUAGCAAUCUCGGUCAUGAACCAGUGGCCAGGAGUGAAGCUGAGGGUGACCGAGGGCUGGGAUGAGGACGGCCACCACUCGGAGGAGUCGCUGCACUACGAGGGCCGCGCAGUGGACAUCACCACGUCGGACCGCGACCGCAGCAAGUACGGCAUGCUGGCCCGCCUGGCCGUGGAGGCCGGUUUCGACUGGGUCUACUACGAGUCCAAAGCGCACAUCCACUGCUCUGUGAAAGCAGAGAACUCAGUGGCUGCCAAGUCUGGCGGCUGCUUCCCAGGAUCUGCCAUUGUGCACCUAGAGCAGGGCGGCACCAAACUGGUGAAGGACCUGAGCCCUGGGGACCGGGUGCUGGCGGCCGACGACCAGGGCCAACUACUCUACAGUGACUUCCUCACCUUCCUAGACCGCGAGGAUGGCACCAAGAAGGUCUUCUACGUGAUCGAAACCCGGGAGCCGCGGGAGCGCCUGCUGCUGACGGCCGCGCACUUGCUCUUUGUCGCUCCGCACAACGACUCAGUGGCUGCCUGGGAGCCGGAACCGCCGUCGAGUGCUGGGGCCAGGUUGAGGUCGCCGCCAGGGGGCGCGGAGGGGCGCCGAGCGCUCUUCGCUAGCCGUGUGCGGCCCGGCCAACGUGUGUACGUGGUGGCGGAGCGCGACGGGGACCGCAGACUGCUGCCCGCCGCCGUUCACAGCGUGACGCUGCGCGAAGAGACCACGGGCGCAUACGCGCCACUCACGGCCCAGGGCACCAUCCUCAUCAAUCGGGUGCUGGCCUCGUGUUACGCCGUCAUCGAGGAGCACAGCUGGGCGCACUGGGCCUUCGCACCCUUCCGCCUGGCGCACGCUCUCCUGGCGGCGCUCGAGCCCUCACGCACGGACCGCGGUGGCGGUGGCGGCAGCGGCAGCAAUGGGGGCGGCCGGCUCCCCUCGCCCGCGCCAGAUGCGGCCCCUGCGCCAGAUGCGGCGGCUUCCGCUGCGGGCAUCCACUGGUACUCACAGCUGCUCUACCAAAUAGGCACCUGGCUGUUGGACAGUGAGGCCCUGCACCCCCUCGGCAUGGCGGUCAAGUCCAGCUGA